AUUCCAUCAGUUUCAGCUCCACGACGCGCAACCAGCUGUGAUUGUCGCUAUAAAACAGAAGCGCCAAAUAAACAUAAAACUUCUGGACAAACGGGACUGACGAAGGGCAUCACUGUAAAGUAGGACAAGUGGACAUUCAGAAAAAAAGAUGAACAGAGUUACUGCCAUCCAAACAAACCCAUCAGCAUCCGGCAUUGACAUGGCUCCUUGCUUUAAGGUGACCGUGUUCGAGCAGGAGCAUUUCCAAGGCAAGUGUCAGGAGCUCACCUCUGAGUGCCGCAACAUCCAGGAGCGUGGGUUUGACAACAUCCGCUCUAUCCGUGUGGAGAGCGGCGCCUGGGUGGGAUAUGAGCACCACGACUUCCAGGGGCAGCAGUUUGUCCUGGAGAAAGGAGAAUACCCCCAGUGGGAUGCCUACAGCGGCAAUCUGGGCUACCAUGUGGAGAGGAUGAUGUCCCUGCGCCCCAUCUGCAGCGCUGUCCACCAGGACAGUCGUAUGACCAUCUUUGAGAAGGAGAACUUCAUGGGCCGCAGUGUAGAGCUGUGUGAUGACUACCCAUCUCUGCAGGCCAUGGGCUGGUGCGACAAGCAAGUGGGCUCCAUGCAUGUGCAGUGCGGCGCCUUUGUGUGUUAUGAGUACCCCGGCUAUCGAGGACAGCAGUACAUUAUGGAGUGUGACAAGCACAGCGGAGACUACCAGCACUGGAAAGAUUGGGGCUCCCACUGCCAGACCCCUCAGAUCCAGUCCAUCCGCAGGAUCCAGCAUUAAUGCCUGAGGGGGAAAGAGGAAGGAAGUGUGGGAGCAGAGUCGUGGCUUCAAUCAUUCUAGCAGCAGACACUUUAUGAGGUGCAGUGUGGUAAAUUGUAAAACGUUCACAGGUUGCACGUAUAGUUUCCAUUUAUGGUGCUCGAGUACGACACAAAUCAAAUGAAUGAAUAAAAAUGCAGCAUAUAUACAGAUGCAUAUCUGGAAAAGGCACAUUUUUAUGAGCAUAUGAGAAAGUAGGAGCUGUCAAUAAACAGUUGAAGUCAAUAUUAUUAGCCCUUCUGUGAAUUUUGGUUUCCUUUUUCAAUUAUUUUCCAAAUGAUGUUUAACAGAGCAAGGAAAUAUCCACAGUAUUUCCUGUAAUAUUUUUUCUUCUGGAGAAAGUCUUAUUUGUUUUAUUUUGGCUGGAAUGAAAGCAGUUUUUAAUUGUUUCAAAAACAUUUUAAGGUCAACAUUUUUAGUCCCCUUAAUGUUUUUAGAUUGUCCACAGAACAAACCACUGUUAUACAAUGACUUGCCGAAUUACCCGAACCUACCUAAUUAAGCCUUUAAAUGUCACUUUAAGCUGAUAACUAAUAUCUUGAAAAAUAUCUAGUCAGAUAUUAUGUACUGUCAUCAUGACAAAGAUAAAAUAAUCUGUUAUCAGAAAUGAUUUAUGAAAACUUAUGUUUAGAAAAGUGUUAAAAAAUCUUUCUGUUAAACAGAAAUUAGGGAAAAAAUAUAAAGAGGGGCUAAUAAUUCUGACUUCAACUGUAUAUACAAUAUUCAUAUGAAGCUAAUACUCUAUAUAACAGACAACCAGAGGGGGAUAUGUAUUUGUAUAUGCUAACAUAUCAUGCUCUGUGACGUAUGAGUGCCAUAUGGGGACAGAUGGGAUCGUGUGUUUGACCAUUCGGAGGAGAGGAGGACGAAGGUUGACUAAUAAAAUGCAUACUCACCUCAAA